AUGUGUACCGUCUCUGCUGGACAAGGACGGACAAAGCUUUCCGCUUGCAUCAUAGCACUUCCCAUCUCGUUGCGUAAUAUAUCUAUCCACACUCAUGGCACAUCAUCAACCCGGCGUCCUUGGAGCUUCCUUACGAAUCUAGGCUACUACCGAGUCCUUUAUGUCUUUACGAUGUCAACGCCGGGCUCUACACACCCAUCAUCACCCAUUACAUGGCAAUCUCAUAUGUCUAUCUAUGGCCCUUUGUUUGCUAUCUCUCUUACUGAUCUUUCUUCGGAUAUCUAUGGCAUGUACUGUUUGUUUUGUCGGCUCAGGUUUGCAUAUCACCACUCUGAUUUUUUUUAA